AUGACAAGCACCGCGCUAGCCUUUGCUGAGUACUCCCCUCUUACAGCUGCGGCACUCGAGACCUUCCCUUCCACAUUGCCCCCCAAUUCGUCAAUCACAGCAAAGCUUCAUUCUGUCGCCGACGGAAAGCUCGUCUCGCCCUAUAUCACCUGCUACUUUCGGAAAGUCGUCCUCCCCGGGACCUUAGGAUCUGCGGCACCACAGUACGGAACGUCUGACAAGCUCCAGGUCCAGGUGAAGCUCAAGCUGGACUCAUCAUUGGCCCACCUGCCGCAGGAGCUCUCACGCACUCGACUCGACAGCGCGCGAACCCUUCUCGUAUCGCUCGUUGGACAACUCGUGACUAUCUCAGUCAGCGGAGGGAUUUUCUCUGGUGUUGAGCACAACGAGUUGGGGCGAUCCAUUAUCAUUGAGUGUGCCGGAGAUAGGUUGGCUGGGGUCGUAGGACGACAUGCCAGUAAGAUCGAGCUAGGGACACCGGCUGCUGUGCGCACAGCCUCCAAAGCACCAUCUUGGCUUUUGCCCUCAUCGCCCGUCCGCCCAUCCGCAAUGCCCCACUCCGGCCCUUCGGUUUCCCACCCUCCUCCUCAUCAGCCCACGUCUACCUCGGCGAGGGGAACCGGUGGCUCGUCACAUCCACCACCUACCCAACGCUUACAACCCCUCAGCUCCCACAUGCCAAAGCUGGACCCAUCUUCCGCUCCGCAGUCACAGCUUCCUCAAUUCGGCAAGCGGCGCUAUCCUAGCGACGGCCAACUGCCUGACAGCUCUCACGCCAAAAGGCAGAAGAUGGGGGAGACGUUGGGUGUGCGGUCUCACUCGGACUUUGGACAUGGGUCGCAAGCUGGAACAGCUGCGCCUGGAGGGAGCACAAUAUCGGGCGGUCAGGGACGCGGGACCCCUGGUCUCCCAGGAGGCGUACAGCCAACUCAAGCCGCAACGUAUACGCACCGUACGCGACCGGUGCAGGAACCUCUUCCCUCCGCAACUCCCAUCCUCCGUGCGGCUGAGAUCUCCCACCCCCAAACACUCUCUCGGACCUCCUCGACCUCUUCCUCCCUCGCUGGUCAAGCGACGCGUUCAACCUCCACUACAUCGUCGAAUCGCGCUCGUACCGACUCCGGAACGUCCGUCGAGGGUGCAGCCCUUCGUGCGGCUGCCAUCGCAGAGGCCAAGCUGGCAUCAUCGGCGGAUUUUCCGCCUCGUGCAAACGCCCCAAUCCAAUCCACUCGUCCUCCAGCGCCUCCGGCUGGAGCUGCUGCCCACGUCUCGCGGGCUUCAGUCCCAUCAGGACCCAUCGCGAUCAACCGGGUCCAGAUCGUGCCGGCAGGGGCUUCACCGCACAACGGCAACUCUGCGCCAAGUACUGGGCGGAGUCAAUGGGGCGGUGGAACUGCAGGUGGACAAGGAGGUUCGGCCAGCAUGGGCGGCGGCGGACAGACGACGUAUACCGAUAUCGCGGGAAUGGGGGCCAAAGUCAGGGGUAUAGCCAAUGCGAUGGUCAUAAUUCAGGAGUCGAUGGCUGCGAUAACGACAAGAACGGGUGACUGGAUGCGCAGUUACCGCACGACGGACCCGAGUGCUACCGACGAAGACCUGAUCGUCGCAUUAUUCAGACGGACGGAAGAAGAGGUGCCUGUCCUACCUCCGGGGACACCAGUCCUAUUACAAGGAAUGAGUGUGACCGAGUACAAGAACAAACCGAAGUGCCAAGGUUUCUCAAAGCCUGGCAAUUCCUGGGCCAUGCUCAAGGACGGUCAGCUCUUGCGACCGGAGGAAGGGAGGAUACUUUCGCCCAUUAGCGAGCAGGACAUACAGGACCUCAAGGACAUGAAGCGAUGGUGGGAUGAGACUCACGGGCGCGGGUCUCGAGCCGGCGGCGCACGGGAGGGGGACUUCCCCGUGCAUCGUCAGGCCAUCACCAGCGGCAGGAAGAUGAUCGAGCUGAAGGACGCGGUGUUCAGGGCUUAUUGCGAUAUCACGGUCAAGAUUCUGCAAGUCGCCGUGCCAACCAGCGGUACAACCGAAGUGGAGGUGUGCGUGACGGAUGGUACAAAGCAUUCUCAACCCCUUUGGGAUCAUCACGGAGUCGCCUCGGCCAAUGGACUGCCUCUUGGUACCGUCUGGCAGAUGUCGAUCGAGACUCGACCGGAUGAUGCGCAAAUGCAGGUUCUGGCGAUAGGCAACGUCGUCAGGUUGACGAAUGUCUUACCGAAAGAGAACAAGAAGAUGGGCCCGUUGGAGCUACGAUGGUGUAACAAGAACGGGGCGGGACAGGAGCACUACCAGCCCAAGAAGGCCAUACUCAUCCCGCCCGGAGACUCAAGGGCCCUUGCCAUUGAAGAGCGACUGAGAGUGCUGAGAGGCGGAUCGCCCGCCCCAGCGGCUUCAGUCCGUGCAUCCCCGAUGACGGCUGAGCAUGCACCGGUCUCCGCCCCGCCCCAGCCAUCCCAUCGCCCCCAAGCACCAGCAGCUCAGCCGUCCCAUCGCCCACAAGCACCAGCUCAAGCACCAGCUCUAGCACCAGCUUUACCCCCACUUCCUGCUUCGGCGCCGGCUCCAUGUCCACCGGUCAAACCAACCCACGAUCCCUUCCAUGGCGUCCCGAAAUCCACUCAAAUCAGCACAGUCAACCAAGACCCGGUCCGGCAUCCCCUCACACCUCUGUCCGACAUCGCUGGGAAUGGCCAGGUGCCAAAUCGGUUCAAGGUACGAGCCAGGGUGGAGAAGGUCUCGUCGACGGGGAAGGUACAGGGUUCAUUGGUUAUCAAGUAUUGUAAGCGUUGUGAGCGAAGCUUCGAUACGGCUUUUUGUUUGUCUUGCAACGAUAGCGAUUGGAAGGCGACAGAGCUGCGAUACCGCUUCGUCAUCAUCUUGACCGAUGCCCGGAUCAUCCCAGCAGAAGGGCAACCCCCGUCAGACACCCACGCCACCCUUACAGUCCUCGUCAGUGACUCGAACGCCGCGGACUUCCUCCCCCCUCUCCCACCUGUCGAUACCAGCAAUAACAACCCCAACAAGCAGAGGUCACUCGAUGCGCGCUUAAUGUCAAUCAGCGCGAACGUCAAGGACCUGCUGCUUGGGCCCAAAAUCGAUGGCGUCGAACCGCGUCCAGAGGCAGAGUGGUGCGUGGAGAGCUAUACGGCGAAGCCGAAGCAGGGGAAGAAGAAGGGGAAGAAGGGGAAGGCUGCGGCGGAGGGUACGGGAAAAGAGGUGGAGGGGUACGUCAUGCACAGGGUGUUUGGGAUGCAGGCGGCGCGUCACGCUUGA